AUGAAAUUUCCACAUACUGCCCUCGCGCGAUUGUCAGCACCGACGAUUCGCGCCCCAUCACGACUGAGUCGAUGUCAAUCAAGUGCAGCUUCCACACACCGCCCAGCUCCUCUUGCUGGUAUAACUGUGGUCAGUUUGGAACAAGCCAUUGCAGCCCCCUUCUGCACACGUCAAUUAGCCGACCUGGGAGCUCGUGUCAUCAAAGUUGAACGACCAGUAGUGGGAGACUUCGCCCGCCAAUAUGAUAAUCGUGUCAAUGGCAUAUCUUCUCAUUUCAUGUGGACUAACCGCUCAAAAGAAAGUCUAGCACUGGACCUAAAGAGUGAAAGCGAUCAUGGAGUUCUCAUGAAACUCCUGGAAGGAGCCGACGUGCUAGUCCAGAACCUGGCACCAGGCGCAAGCGCACGGUUGGGGCUGUCGCACGAAGCAUUAAAAGAAACGCAUCCCUCUUUGAUCGUCUGUGACAUCUCCGGCUAUGGUCAGGAUGGCCCUUAUCGUGACAAGAAGGCCUAUGAUCUUCUUAUCCAAAGCGAAGCAGGAAUGCUCUCUGUUACUGGGACUGGGAAAGAGCCAGCCAAGGUCGGCAUCUCAAUCGCAGAUAUUUCCGCCGGAAUGUAUGCCUACAGCAAUAUCCUUUCUGCUCUGUUACAACGUGGAAAGGAUGGCCAAGGUUGUCGAAUCGAUAUAUCCAUGUUGGAGAGUAUGGUUGAGUGGAUGGGCUUCCCAAUGUACUACACCUUUAACAAUGCGCCUGGGCCAAUCCCAGCUGGUGCAUCGCAUGCAGCCAUCUACCCAUAUGGACCCUUUGAAACAGGCGAUGGUCAAUCUGUCAUGCUGGGCAUCCAAAAUGAACGAGAAUGGGUCAACUUCUGCCACGACGUUCUCCGUCAACCAGAGCUAUCCACGGAUAGUCGGUUUUCCAGUAAUUCGCUCCGAACACAAAACCGCGACGCGCUUAAGGAGAUCAUCCACGAUGUUUUUGCGACAUUGACUGCCCAGAAGACCAUUGAGCGACUUGAUGCGGCGUCUAUCGCCAAUGCAAGUGUCAAUGAUAUGCAAGGGGUCUGGAAACAUGCCCAGCUCAAGGCUCGCGACCGGUGGACUGAGGUUCAAACUCCCAUUGGCCCAGUAGAGGCUCUUUUACCACCUGGGUCUACAAGUUCAGCAGAUAAAGGUGGUUUCGGGGCUCAAAUGGGGUCGGUUCCUGAGGUUGGUGAGCACAACGAGGCGAUUUUGGCCGAGUUAGGAAUAUCACGCUAG